AUGAUUAUUUUAUCAGUUUUAAUUUUAUUGUAAAAGUUCUUUAAUUCAUGUUAACAAAUUUUAGUUGAUAUUUAUGACCUUACUUUAUUUUUUAGUUUCAAAAAACCUUUCCUUUCAUGUAUAAGCCAAAUAGUUAAAAUAGCUUAACAAGAUUCGUUCCAAUGGACAAGGAAUAGCAAGUGUCUUGUGUCAUUGGUCUAUAUACAGUGCAUCAUAUAAAAUGUAAAAUUAAAAAAAGAAAUACCCUAAAUUAAAUGUUGGCAUUUUUCCGUUGUUGUUGUCAGUGUCAAAAAGUGAAUGUUUUGGUGCAACUAUUUGAAGUAUUUUUACAUUGGCAACUGGUGUUUUUUUUUUUUUUUUUUGAGAGGUAAAAGCAGUGUCAUCCCGAGUUUUAUUAGUAACUACACUUUAUUACCUACUGUUAUUGUAUGAAAUAUGAGAAAAUUGACCGAACGUGAAAGAAUCGAAAUCUUGUGCAUGAUUGGUUUCAGAGAUAUGUCACAUACUCAUAAGGAGGUGGGUCAGUUGUUUAAUGCGAGUCAUCCUGAUCGGUCGCCUAUUAGCCAAAGCAUGCAGCCCAACUAAAGCCUCAGGAUCCUCAGGGUCUAGCCGUUUGGAGAUGUUUUCCAAUGUGAAGAACCAAAUCGAGGGCAUUGGAGGAUGGCUUGGUUCAAGCAUACCCAAAUUGCGCAAAGCUGAUACAGAACCGGGAAAUCCUGAAGCUGUAGGUUUUGAAAAUGCAGGUGCGGACACUGGAUCUCCAGUUAAUACGGAUGUUGUUAAAGAAGCGAAAGAAGAUGAUGAUAAUUCCAGGAAUUUUAGUGCAACUGGCGGAGCAGACUCUGGACCGCAGUCACUAGCCGAAUCUCCCACUGACGAAAAUAAAGAUGGUCAGUUCGGAAAUGUGCAAAGUAAGGCUUUAGCAGGAGCAAAGUCUAUUGGCAACUUUUUAUACACUGCUGUUAACAAAGCAGGAAAAACUGUAACUGAAGCAGGCUCCAAGAUUCACGUGAUUAACGCAAAUGUCUUGGCAAAUGUCGGGGCAAAUGUAAACAUGAACAUCCUAGGUGAAUUUAACAAAGAACAGGAAAAUUUCAUGAAAAAUAAAGCUAAUUCGUCAGCGUCAGCACUACCACCUUGGGCAGGGUGUGCCAAUGAAGAAUGCCUUAAAGAAGAUUGCCUAAGUCUUUCCACUGACAAAAGAAAUUUCGUAAGGGCUCCCCCAGCUGGGGUUAACUUCCAAUUUGAUUAUGAAAGCUCUUACCCUGUCGCCAUGGCAAUAAUGGAACAAGAUCCGAAUCUGGAAAAAAUGAGAUAUGAAUUGGUGCCGAAAGUAAUCCCGGAAGAAGAAUUUUGGAAGAACUACUUCUACCGAGUAAGCCUAAUCUGUCAAGAAAACGAGCGAUCCUUUACUAAAAGAGAAAACAGUCAAGUCGCCAGCGAUAUUUCUUCAGUGCAGCCUAUAGUAGAUGAUAGAAAUUCCAAAAAUCAGAAAGAGCAUGAGUUUGUAUCUGAUUCGCUAGUAGUAUCCAAAGAAGACAUAACUGAAGUAGAAGAAGGCAUGAAAAAAUUAGUCUUAGGAUCCAAAUCGUUUCAGGAAGAAGACUGGGAAAAGGAAUUGGAAGAGGAACUUCAGGAUUACCACGUAAUUAAUGAUCCAAUGAGUGGAAAUAUUGAUAGGGAGCUAGAGGAUAUUUUAAAUGAGGAGGCAGAUCUUAAAUGAGGACGGCAUUUUGGUUGGUAUUUAUUUUUUCUAGUCCUUUGGAUAGGUAAUGUCACUGAUUAACUUAUAAAAUAUUUGAUCAGCAUUUAAAAAAAUUAUAUUUGAUAUGGUUGUAUAUCGUAUAAUAAUAAAACCUGUUUAUUAUGCUAAAAGGGCAAUGGUGAAGCUUUAGUGCAAUUUUAUAUUAAUGCAUUUUAUUACAUUCCUGUAUUGUGAAUAAAGCCUAAUUUGUUUAUAUUUUAGUUAGGACAAUUUUUUUAUUUAUUUUAUGUUAUGUCUUGUUAUCAAAAAAAUAUACUUGUCUAAACUUAGAAAAUAGGUAAUUUAUGUGAUUUGAUAAUAUUGCAACUUUUGACUAAAUUAUUUGCGUGUUUUCUCUUGAUUCUUGAUAGAAAAAAAAUGUUGCAAAAAGUCUUAGGGAAAUGAGAAAUAUAUUAGUGAAACAAUAUAAUAUGUGUUGUAAUUAUUUAAAAAUCUGUAAGAAUAGGAUAACUAAGGUAAAUGUACUUACGUUUAUAUGAAAGGAAACUUAAUAAUGACGCUCUUAUACUUCCGUGAACUUUAAAAUUCCACUAACUUGGCAUAUUUUAGUCGUUCCACUAACUUGGCAUCGUUAUUCAAAAGUUUGUAGCAGGAAAACAAGUUUAGAAGCCUGUAUUAACGGAAUUAUAGGGGCAAACAUUGAAUAAAACACAGGUAUUGCCAGAAAGGGUUGCCUAUAUCACAAAUAAACCAUUUUUUAAAAAGCAUAGCAGAACUAUUGAUAUUAUUUAAAAGUCAAAAAAUAUGAAUUUCAUGUAUAAGUAUUUUAUGCAGUUAUUUGAAUUGUUAGGUAUAUACUUUUUUUAGGUAUAUUCAUUCUUAGUAUAGAUAAAUUAUGUAAAAGAAUAGUUAAUUUACUUCUAUAAAAUACUCAUAUGAAAGAAAAAUUUCUUGAGAAACAAAUAAUUCCCUUUAUAAUUUGCAAAAUUUCAUAUAAGUUUUUUAAACAAUAAAUAACUUUCUUGUUUACGGUAUGAGGCAACCUGCUAGAAAUUAUUCUCUAUUUAAAUAUGUUAAAUUGGAUAUUAGCUACAUACAUUUAAAAUUCUUUAUGAACACGUUUAUAUUCCGAUGUGUCUGGAUGCAUAUUCAUAACAAAUUCUAUUUAAUGUAUUAAAACUAUCACUAAACAUUUAUUUGAGCUCUGGUAGAUAGGUACAAAAACAUACGUUUCAGCAUUGGAUUUCAAUUUAAUUUGAUUUCCCUUUAAUACGGAUUACUCCAUUAAAUUAGCAAAUAGCAAUUUAAACGUAUUCAGUAAAGAAUUUUAUGAAAUUCGUAUAAUAUAUACCUAUUAUUGAUUUUCAGAUAUGAUUUAAAAGCUGCGCCAGAUAAUUAUUGUAUCAAUAUUGCUUAAAUAAGUUAGUGCUGCAGCGGAUAGUCACAUCUGAAUGAACAAUCUAUUUGUAGGUAUUUAAUUAUAGUAAAUAUUAAUAACGUCUAGUCAGUAUUUAAAAUAAUUCUUAAAACUAGGUGAUCUUUGUCGACAUAUUUUUUUAUUUGGCUCACUGCUGCUCAGAGUUAAUUUAAUAUAUUUAUCAUACAGGGUCUUUGUUACAGAAACUAACGCUUCCUUUAUAGACUGUCCGUAGUCGUAUUUAUCUGUACUACAAAUAAUGGUUUCUAAUUGAAUGCGAAGUUAGUAAAUUCUUUUACAAAUAUACGCUGAUGUAGGAAUACUUUUACACUGGACGACAUAUGUUUUGCGCGUAUUUCCCAAUACAAUUUAUAUGAAUCUUGAACUUGUCAGAAUUUUUAUUAGCGGAAUAGCUAUAGCCUCGAUAAACAAGUUUAGUUAAAAUGAAGCAGUAAGAAAUAUCUUAAUCAUUUUUAUGUCGGCCUAGUUUUAAGAUACUAUAUUCUUUUAAGAUAUUUUCUGUAGAAUCAUAAAAAUUAUUUAUUUUGGUUUUUGCCUAUUUAAGUGGUCUAUACAUAGACUAUAUGUAGGUUUUUAGUGUUAAACACAUUACCUUUAAUUCCAUGUGUGUUUUUGUCUUCAUACAAAACCUAUUGUUAAAGAAAUAAAUAUAGUUGUGCUCAUAAAUUA